UAUGCUCAUUAUUACGAAAGGCUUCGUCAAUUUAACUAAACUUUUAGAAAUACUUUUAUACAAUUAAAAACUGAAAUUUAUUCAUUUGAUUUUUAUGUAUCCACUUUUUCAUAUUUCAUAUCCACAUAUAUCAUCACCAAUCCCGAUAAGAAAGACUAUUCAAAUUAUUUUAAUUUAUACUAAAAAACAUAAGAAUAAUCCAAAUAAUAAUGGUAUUUUUAAUGAAUUAGUCUUCUCAAAUAAAUAAGGUGAUAAAAACGAAUUAAGAGCUGCUGCUAAUUCAGGAACUGUUAAUAUCAAUCCCAUUGCAGUUCCCAUAUCUUUUGGCAUUCGCUAUGCUACCAUUUUAAACACAGCAAUAUGUAAAAUAUCACUUGCAAUACCAAAUAUAGCCCUACCACAAAGCAUCAUGCAAUAAUUGUGAUAACAUCCACCAAAAAAAAUGAAUAAUUAUGAAAGACCCAAUAAAAGGCUAAAUGUGAAUACCUAAUCCAUAUAAUAUAUUCAUACACCCCAACGCCCACCCAUAUUAUCUAUCAUUAUCCCUCCCCC